AUGAGUUCUUGGCUCCUAUGGUUGUGGUUUAUCUCAAGGCUCUGCCAAGCCAGGUCUGCUGUUCCCACUUUAAUAGGAACAAUCGCCCCAGGGGAUAUCGUCAUUGGUGGUCUGUUUCCAGUUCAUCAAGGGGUUGUCAAUAGAGUGAACUUGAGUCAGCCACAGGCUCCUGCAUGUACCAAAUUUGACAUUGGAGGCUUUACCCAACUGCUUGCUAUGAUACACGCUAUAGAGGAGAUUAAUAAUUCUUCAUUGCUUGAUGGCCUUAAACUGGGGUAUGAAAUUUACGACUCGUGUUCAGAUGUCACCACUGCAAUCAGAGCCACCAUGGCAUUCAUUAACACACCUGGGAACUGUGCAGGAGCUCACUGCAGCACAACAGAAUGCAACCCUAAAGUGAAGGCUGUUGUGGGAGAUUCACAUUCUGAAAUCUCAAUAGCUGUGGCAAGGCUAUUAAAUCAGGAAAUGAUUCCACAAAUAAGUUAUGCAUCAUCUGCUGUGAUUCUCAGUGACAAAACCCGUUUCCCUACAUUUAUGCGAACAAUACCCAAUGACAAUUACCAGACUAAAGCCAUGGCGAAGCUGAUAGAGAGGAGUGGCUGGAACUGGAUCGGGGUUAUUUCGACUGAUGGAGAUUAUGGCCGCUCUGCGGUGGACAGCUUUGUGUCACACGCCGCCAAACUGGGCAUCUGUGUGGCGUUCAAAGAAAUUCUCCCUGACCUCCUCUCCGACAGAAAUAUCGAUACCAAAAUAAACCAGACUGUGGAAACUAUUCGCAGUAAUAACAAAGUAAAGGUCAUCGUUUCCUUCGCGAGGCCCCUGCACAUGAUACAAAUCUUACAUUUCUUUAACAAGCAGACCCUCAACAAAAUCUGGUUUGCGAGUGAUGGCUGGUCGACGUCCAAGGACGCUUUUGAGAAACACAACGUGACCAACGUUGAGACAGUUGUUGGAUUUACGUUUAAAAACGGAAGUCUGGAUGAGUUCUAUACCUAUCUGAAGAAUCUGAAAUCCAAUGCUGAGACAGUAAAGAAUAACAUCUUUUUAAAACAAUACGCUCUGUAUGGAAGCUUGAACGACACUGUAAACCUAACCAGCCUUUUAGAGAAAGAUUUUCCACCACUAAAUGAUACAGGAGUGAAGGCCUUAAUUGACAACACAUAUCCUGAUGAUGUGUACAGUAUACAGAUGACAAUUAAUGCCAUUGCCUAUGCUCUUGUAAACCUUUGUAAAGAAAAGAACUGCAAAAAUGGAAGCCAUGUUCAGCCCUGGGAGUUACUUGACGCUCUCAAGAAAACGGAGUUCAAGCAAGAAGGAAAAACAUACAUGUUUAAUUCUGAUGGGGACAUUAACAGUGGCUACAAUGUUGUCCUUUGGAAAACCUUUAAUGGAGUCAUCAAUAUGUAUAAUUCUGUGGCUGAGUAUGUUAUUGAGAAUGACACGUUCACUUUCAGCAGCAAUGACACAAAAAGACUGCUUGAUGAUCUACGGGGUGUAAUUUCAAAGUGCUCAAACAGUUGCACACCUGGCCAAGUUAAGAAAACAGCUGAAGGGCAGCACACUUGUUGUUAUGAAUGCAUAAAUUGUACAGAAAACCAGUAUUCUAACAACACAGAUAUGCUUCAGUGUUACAACUGUGACACAUCCGUGGAAUGGUCCUUGCCUGGAAGUUCAAGCUGCACUCCGAAAUUGCUUGAGUACUUCUCAUGGAAUGAUGGCUUUGCAAUAUUCCUCCUGGGAAUUGCGGCUCUUGGCAUGCUGGUUGUCGUGGUCAUUGGGAUCAUUUUUAUGGUACACAGACAAACACCCGUGGUGAAGGCAUCAGGCGGUCCUAUCUGCUAUGUGAUUUUGUUGUCCCUGAUGAUCAGCUUCAUAAGUUCUUUUUUUUUUGUUGGGGAACCAUCAAAUCCGAGGUGUAAAGUCAGGCAGGUCCUUUUCGGUCUGAGUUUUGCUUGCUGUGUCUCUUGCAUUUUAGUGAAGUCCCUGAAAAUAAUCCUGGCAUUCCAAUUUAAUCCGGAAUUUAAGAACUUUUUAAAAAAAACGUAUAAGCCUUAUGUGAUCGUUCCAUGCUGUGUAGGGAUUCAAGUUAUAAUUUGUACAAUGUGGUUAGUGUUUAAAAGUCCAGAAGAAAGGAAAUUGCCACUUUCUACCACAAUCUUGGUUGAGUGCGAAGAAGGCUCUUAUGUGGCAUAUGGUGUUAUGUUAGGCUACAUAGCUUUGCUUGCCUUAAUAUGUUUUAUAUGUGCUUUCAAGGGAAGAAAGUUACCAGAAAAAUAUAAUGAAGCAAAAUUUAUCACUUUUGGGAUGCUUAUUUACUUCAUAUCAUGGGUUUUCUUUAUUCCUGUUUAUUUAACUACAACUGGUAAAUAUCUUCCUGCUGUAGAAAUGGUUGUCAUACUGAUAUCAAAUUAUGGUAUUCUUUGUUGCCAUUUCUUCCCCAAGUGUUACGUAAUUCUUUUUAAAAAGGAGAACAACACCAAAGAUGCCUUUUUACAGAACAUAUUUGAGUAUUCCAAAAAAAGUGAAGCUAUAAGGAACAUGAAGAAUAAUAAAGCGCCAGAGGAAGAUGCGAUAACGGCUGAGAUGCUGAAGUAUGAUGAAGAAGAACUGGCGGACACAUCGAACAUCUGGACACUUAAAGAAAACUUUAUUCAGCUGGAAGAAGCAUUGACCAGGACUGGGCUGACCAUCAAUAUGGCGAAGAUCAAAUACAUGGUGAUGACCAGGAAGGGCACCAUCACCGGCGCUGCACUGCUCGAAAUCCAGGGCUACCAGUUCAAGAAAGUCAGUACUUUUAAAUACCUGGGUUCGCUGAUCUCCGAGAAAAAUGAAAACAGCCUGGAAAUUAGAGAGAGAAUCAAUGCAGGAAAUCGAUGCUACUUUAGUGUACAGGAUCUGAUGAGGCCAGAAUUUUGUCAAGGAGAAUAA